UAUGUGUAUUUUUUCCUAGUCCUAGGGUAGUAGUUUCUUUUUUUUUUUUUCAUUUUCUUUUUGUUAAGUGUGAAGAAGUUUAUCAGGGAUUCGAAGCUUGCUUGAACCUCUUAGGCCAAGCCUUGGGCAACAGGAGAAAAUGAUGUGGCUUUCAAGGUGCUUUAUUGUGGGAUAUGCCACUCAGAUCUUCAUAUGAUCAAGAAUGAAUGGGGCCAAACUGUUUAUCCUCUUGUUCCUGGACAUGAGAUAACCGGAGAAGUGACAGACGUGGGUUGUAAGGUAAAGAAGUUCAAAGUUGGGGAUAGAGUUGGAGUGGGGUGCAUGGUUGGGUCAUGCCACUCCUGCGAUGACUGCAACAACAAUCUUGAAAACUACUGCUCAGGAAUGAUACUCACCUAUGGUGCAAAGUACCAUGACGGAACUAUUACAUAUGGAGGUUACUCUGAUAUUAUGGUUGUUGAUGAGCACUUUAUAGUCCGUAUUCCAGAUAAUCUACCUCUUGAUGCUGCCGCACCUCUUCUGUGCGCUGGGAUUACAGUGUAUAGUCCACUGAGAUAUUAUGGACUUGAUAAGCCUGGUUUGCAUGUGGGUGUGGUUGGACUGGGUGGACUAGGUCAUGUGGCCAUUAAAUUUGCCAAGGCUAUGGGGGUCAAGGUGACAGUGAUCAGCACCUCUCCUAACAAGAAGAAGGAAGCUAUGGAAAAUCUUGGUGCUGAUUCCUUUUUGGUUAGCCGGGACCAAGAUCAGCUUCAGGCUGCCAUGGGGACAAUGGAUGGUAUAGUCGAUACAGUAUCUGCCAAACAUCCUCUGUUGCCCUUGCUUGGGUUGUUGAAGAAUCAUGGAAAACUUGUUCUUCUUGGUGCUCCAGAGAAGCCACAUGAGCUACCAGUUUUUCCUUUGCUCAGUGGGAGGAAGCUAGUCGGUGGUAGUGGCAUUGGAGGGAUGAAAGAGACUCAAGAGAUGAUUGAUUUUGCAGCCAAACACAAUGUGAAACCAAACAUUGAAGUCAUACCAAUUGACUAUGUGAAUUCUGCCAUGGAGCGCCUUGCAAAAUCCGAUGUUAAAUACCGAUUUGUCAUUGACAUUGGGAACACAAUGAAGGCUACAUCUUAAUGUUAUGCUUCAUAUAUAUUAAUGUGACAUGCAUGUUGGUGACAUUAGUACUAAGUUUUUGUUGUUCUCUGUAUUUGUUUUGUUCAGUUCUUCCUGAUAUAAGUUGUCAAAACAGCAUGCUCUUGUUUAAACUAGGAUUCAGAUUUACAAUUAAAUAAUUGUGUUUGAGGAUAUAUGAGGGAAUAAAUUUCUUUUGGCCUAUAAGCUUAAAAUUGAGAUUUUUUUGUGUUACUAACUAAUGAAAGCCAAGAAAUUUUUUCUUUUUUUUUUAUUCAAAAAAAUUGAACUCAGCUCUUUUAAUGUAAGAAUACAUACAUUUACCCAAAUGUUCAAAUACAUUUGGUUACUUUGUUAACGCCAUUUGUACAUUCUAAAAGCCCUA